AUGGAGGGGGGCUCGCAUGGGAAAGGGUUGGAGGGAGGAGAAGGACGAGGACGAGGACGAGGACGAGGGGAGAGAAGCAGAGGGGCGGGAGUAGAGGACGACGCAUUGCAUUUCGUUUGGACGGCGGUGGAGGAGGCGGUGGAGGAGGCGGUGGGUGCGGAGGUGGUGAAGGUGGGGAGCGGGGGGGGGCCUUGCGGGUUUCUUCGUUGCUGGUUGUCAAGGGCGAUGGUCCGCGCACACUUUUUCUUUAAUUUUUGGGCGCCCAUUGAGCACAGGAUCAAAACUAUUUCCCCCCCGGUCUUGCCAAUGCUCGUCCGCGCAAGCUCAACUUGGGUUGCGCCAACCUGCACGCGAGCAUCAAAGCACCAUGCGCUCCUUCUUCUCCCGAACCUGCCCUCCCGAUCCGCCCCACACCAUUACCAGGGGGAGCUUGAUUGCCCGCUCGCAUCCAACUGGGCGGUGUGUAGCAGCCAAAGCGAUCCACUGCCGCGCAAGCUCAACCUGUUGCGCCAGCCUGCACGCGGGCAUCAAAGCACUAUGCGCUCCUUCUUCUCCCAAACUUGCCCUCCCGAUCCGCCCAACAGCGUCUCUCGGGCUCGCCCACUUCUGUCGCCAUCCCUCUCACGACGUCCACGAACUUGUUCGUGGCCCCUGUCAUGA